CACGACAAAGCUUAAACACUUUUGCGGAAACGUACUAGGACUAUGGACAACACUACGGAAAAAGAAAACGGUGUGACUAGGUCCAUUACAUUGAACUUGAAUCAAACCACUCAAUUAGUUUUACCUUCUACUGACAAUGAGAUUUCAAGUCCUAAACUAAGCGAACCAAGGCACCUCUUUUCUCUUCAAAGAGAACUUGGUCCACAGCAAGCUCCGCGCUGGCCAGCAGAAUGUCAGAUGGCAGUAGCCACACCAAAACAUAUUGUCCAAUGUCUUACAGAACGAGAACCUUACUAUCAAGCUACUGGAACAGAACCAGAACCAUCCCCUUGGGGAGAUGAAGUCCUGAAAAGUGGAGGGGACUUGGUAUAUUGUUAUAUACCAGAAAGUACAGCUCCAUAUUUCACCAGAUCCAGCACUGCAAAUGGACUUGCACCAGCUGAUGAUAAUCGCUUUCUUGUACCAGACGACUCUCUCAUAUUUGAAUCACGCUUUGAGUCAGGCAAUUUGUCAAAAGUAUUUAGAAUCACGGGAAAUUUCUAUGAGCUCCAUUUACGCCCUGACCUGUACACCUCGCGACACCUGCAAUGGUUUUAUUUUAGUGUUAAGAAUAUGCAAGCCAAAACAACCUACAGGUUUUCCAUUGUAAAUUUUGCGAAGGCAGAUAGUCUCUAUUUGGAAGGAAUGAAACCUCUAAUGUAUUCAGAAAAACGCGCAGAAACGGAAGGAAUUGGUUGGAACCGAUGUGGUACCCGAAUUGCAUAUUAUCGGAACGACAACAUGAGAGAUGGUGCGAAUCCAACUCAUACACUAAGCUUUACUUUAGAAUUUCCUUAUUCAGAAGAUACAGUGUAUCUUGCCUAUUGUUAUCCUUACACCUAUUCUCAUUUACAAGACAGGUUACUCCUUAUUCAGAACGAUGAAGAACGCGCGCAGUACUGCAAAAUCCGCCUGUUAUGCCGGAGCUUGGCUGGGAACAGUGUUCAUGUCUUGACUAUAACUAGUCCUAGCACCGAAGAUUCUGGGAAAUCUGGAAUCGUUCUGACCGCGAGAGUCCAUCCAGGAGAGACGCCGAGUUCAUGGAUAAUGGAUGGUGUUUUAGACUUUUUGACUGGGUCUAGUGCGUGUGCUCAAGAAUUGCGAGAAAAGUUCAUAUUUAAGAUUAUCCCAAUGCUGAAUCCUGACGGAGUGAUUGUUGGUAAUACCAGAUGCUCUCUUGCUGCUCGCGACCUAAAUCGGCAAUAUCGUGUUGUCAGCAGGGAAUGUUAUCCACCUGUUUGGCAUGUGAAAAUGUUAAUAAGAAAAUUAAUGGAAGAGAGACCUGUUGCUUUCUACUGUGACUUUCACAGCCAUUCCCGAAAGCAUAAUGUAUUCAUCUAUGGAUGUGAAGAUAAAGACGUCAACGAACUUCCCCUUAUCGAGCAGGUUUUCCCGCUGAUGAUGCAUAAAGCUUCAAAUGGCAAGUUUGAUUUUGAAAACUGCAAAUUUGUGGUCCAACGUGCUAAAGAAGGAACUGGAAGGGUAGUCAUGAAGCAACUUGGUGUUCAGUAUAGUUACACGCUUGAAGCCUCUGUUUGCGGAACCCUAACCGGAUCGGAUAGUUCGUCUGUGCAAACUCAUUUUACUAUACAGGACUACCAGGAUAUUGGAUAUAUCUUCUGUGAAACACUGGCAAAUUUCUUCAAUCCGAAUCCUUCUAGAGUCCAUUGGAUUGAACGUGCAUUGCGUUAUUUAUCAAACGCGGGUUCUUCAGCAGAAGAACCAGUAUACGUCAAGGUCCCUGAUGAAGAUAGCCCUGAAGAAGAGAACGCCAGAAGGUGUUUUCAGUCCAGAAGGUUUUCACUGCUUGUCAAUAGCUCUCACAAAAAAACGGAUUUUUUACAGGUUGCCCGAUGUAUUAGUCAACUAAACGUACAAAUGUCCCAUUUGACUUGUGGGACGCGCUCGCGGUCGAACUCGUUUUCUCCGUCACCGUCUAGAUCGCCAUCGUUAAAAUCAUAUAUUUCAGCAUCAGCAUCUCCAAGAAGUGGUCCAUCGCCCACUAUACCCUCCAACAGGAUAAAGCCGAGAGAUGUUUUCUUUAGAAAAAGACCUAAGAAAUUAGUUCGAAGUUUAACACUGCCAAGUGUCGACAAUGCCUUGCCUGUUACGGUUUCGUUUCCAAGCAGUUCGGAAUCCGAAGACAAAUCUUCUGCAAACGUUUCUGGUUCGUUGUCAAAAGUGAAGAAUCAAGUAUUGGUCGACUUUCAAUCAAAAACGUCGUUGGUAAACGGUGUUUGUCUACGAACCAAUCCUCCUUCAGCAAUCCAUGGUCGGAAUGCGUCGUCAGUUAGUAGACCCGAUUCACUUCGCGGGAUGCCAAAGAGAACCCUAGACUCGAGUUUGAAAGGCACUAAACCUAAAGCUCAUUUCACACUUCAGGUUGUUCAAGACGUGAACAGAUUGAAAUCCGCCUCAGAAGUCCCUCCAGCUGUGCAAAAAACGAAGCAAUCGCAAACCACAACAACCCUUCCGAAGAGAAAAUCGAAGAAAAAACAUGCGAAAAGUCCAAGUGCAAACGCUAAAACAGAACUAUAUAGAGUGGGAGCUCUUAGCCGUGUACUUCAUGCUAUGAAGAAGUGAUCUCGUUUUGUUAGUUGGAAAACUUAUUGCCCAAAAUUUUAGAUUAAAUCCGUAGCUUAACUGAAUUGUGGACAUUACAAUACAUAUAUGUAUUGUAAUGUCAACAUAAUAAUGUCCACAAAAUUAGGUGUGUACACCUAAUUUCUUUUUUGUACUUCU